AUGGUUGGCGAGAACUCGACCAUUUCAAGAGAAGACCUUGCGGUCGAAAAGAACAAUGAGGGUGUAUCACGAUUCAAGGCCGGUGACCUGGCCGGAGCCGCCAAGGCAUUUAACGAGGCGUUGCAGUUCGAUGCUUCGCUCGAUGAGGCGCGGGAAAACCGUGACAUGGCGAUCAAACGGUUGGGGUAUGACCCCCUCACGGAGGACCGCGAUGGCGAAGCCAGGCGCCGAGAGAAGGACUUCGAAGUUGACACCGGGGGCGAGGGGCUGGAGAGGCUCGUCCAGUACGCGAUGUACGCCCUCGCCGCAUCAAUCGGAGUGGCGUAG